AUGAGCGGAAAAUUUACCCUAGAAAACAUCCUCGGAAGAAAUCACGAACAAGUCGAACACCCACGACUUCAAGAAAAAGAUUCAGUUGGCACUACUGGCACCGGCGAGGGAUGGGAUGAAGAAUCAGCCAAUAGGUCUGCUGCGGACGGGUUCUGUGUCGAAUGCGAAGAUCAGCCUGCUCAAGUUCUGUGCGACACAUGCGCAGAUAAUUACUGUGAAGUCUGCUUUGCAGCGCAGCAUCGGAAGGGGUCGAGGAAGAAGCACGUUGCAAAACCACUCGCAAGUGGCGCAAAGUCGAAGUCGGUGCAUAAUGGUGCGGCGGGGGAUGCAAAGAAAAAUGGGGAGGAGGUGCGGACUUUUCUUCGGCUUAGUUGUGGUAGAUCUGAUAAUUACUUCUGUGCUCAGCAUGAAGAUGAUGUUGAUAUGGAUGACUCUGAUGGGGAACUUGACCGUAUAGCAGCUGAAACAUCCAAAGCUCCCGUCUCUACCCAACUACUAGGCGCCCAGCCUACGAUUGGGUCCAAAGUCGGCGAAUGGUUCAUCGAGCGUUCAAAAUUCAUUCCUCUUCGACUCACAUAUAGCGAGCGCAAGUUCCUACGCCUCCUCGAUGCCGCGCUUCAGGUGUCCGAGUACACGGAUAAGAUCGACACGCUGGGCUCUGGACUUUCGAAGCCAAAACGUAUUGUGCAUCAGAUUCGCGAGCUAUGUGCGAUUCUUUCUGGGCUCGUCCUUGCCGCAGACUACAAGCAGGGCCAGGAGUUGUUUACAGAUCGCGAUUUUCGGUCCAACGCAGAGUUCUACCAGACUAUCUUUGAGCUCGGUCGGAGACAUAAAAUCAUGAACCCAGAUAAAAUGCGCACGACGUAUGGAAAAUUGAUCUAUUUGUUACAGGACAGUCAGUCCCCCGACGUUAGAGACAUGCUCAGUUUUUCCUGCGUCAAACCCAUCAUAUCUGUGUACAACGUUCUUGAAGAUCACAAUGCCCUCGAUAUAUUGCGAGAUGAUCUCAUCAUGGUCGCCACGCAGGAAAUCUAUUCUGACGGACGCUCGAAAAGAGAAGUCCAACGAGAUAUCAAAAACAAAGAGCGUGCGAUUGAGACGCUCUCUUCAAAAUACCAGCGCUCGGACCUAAGUCAAGAGCAAGUCCGUCAAUGUAUAUACAGCAUCGGCGAUAAUCACGCGUUCUUGCGGACGAACCGUGAUCCCUGCGAAAAGAUGAUCAUGUAUUUGAAAGAACACUUCCAUCCAACGCAAUCAAAAGACAACAAGACCAGCUUGGCGAUACGGAGUGGCAAACAUGGCGCUCGACUUAGUCACGAUCAUGCAAAACAAUAUGCAUAUGUCCUACAGAGUCUCACGUUAUGGCGGGAGAUCUUGCAUGACAUGUUCCGAUUAUGGUCACUCGCUGAACAGGACUUGCUUGCGGAGAAUGUACCUUACCGGCUGCGGGAUACCGGUCAGGGGCUAAAUCGUGUGCAAGCGGCUCCCAAAACCUUCCGUAUGAUGCACACGAUUCUGCACCGUGCGCAACAAAGUGUGGGAAGCUGGGUUGGCUCGUCUGCAAUCCACAUGGGUGACCACAACGUGCCCAACGCUCUCAUGUUCAUCGACAAAUAUUCCCAGAUUUACCGGAUCCUACUGCCUAUCUGCAAUACCCUCUCACAGAUACCCAGCCUCGCGGAUAAACCUGCACUACGGUCCUACAUUGAGGAUGACUUCGGUUCAAUAGAUAAUUGCAUGCGCGAGAUUCUGUGCGAUUUCUUCCAGCACGGGUUCGAUGGUUCUGGGGCCGACAACUUCUUUGAUGCAGGAAGUUGUAUCGAUGGCCGUCUGACCAGCGCUUGGAAUUGGUGUGCGCAACUAGAAAAGAAGAGAUAUUUCCCUGUGUUUUUGCUCACAGGAUUUGUUGGAUUCGACGGUGAUUGGUAG